GUCCAGACCUUCACGAAUCAGUCCCAAAGAAGAAUUUUGAGACAUGCCCCGCUACAAGGACCCCUCUUUCACCUCCCUCGAAGACUUGACCGAUGAGCGACUUAAAGAAAAUGUGUACCUCUUUGAGGUGGCCUGGGAAGUGGCCAAUAAAGUUGGAGGCAUCUACACGGUGAUCCAGACCAAAGCCAAGAUCACUGGCACCGAGUGGGGAGACAACUAUGUGCUGAUGGGGCCCUACUUUGACUACAACGUCAGGACCCAAGUGGAGCUGAUCGACCCCCCCAACCAUGCAAUCAAGCGUUCCAUUGAGUCCAUGAACUCUAAAGGCUGUAAGGUGUACUUUGGCCGAUGGUUGAUUGACGGAACCCCGUUCGUGUUGCUGUUCGACCUCGACGCCACGUCCUGGAACCUGGACAAGUGGAAGUCGGAAUUCUGGGAGAGCUGCACCAUCGGGAUCCCCUGGUACGACAGGGAGGCGAACGACGCUAUCCUGUUUGGCUUCCUCAACGCCUGGUUCAUAGGAGAAUUCCUCGCUCAGAGAAAGCAGAAAACCUUUGUGGUGGUUCACUUCCACGAGUGGCUGUCCGGGGUGGGGCUGGUGCUGUGCCGAACACGCAAGCUUCCCGUGGCCACCGUGUUCACCACACACGCCACCCUGCUGGGCCGCUACCUGUGUGCCGGCAGCGUGGACUUCUACAACAACCUCCCCUACUUUAACCUGGACCGAGAAGCUGGUGAGAAGCAGAUCUAUCACCGUUACUGUAUGGAACGUGCUGCUGUGCACUGCUGCCACACCUUCACAACCGUCUCAAAGAUUACUGCCGUCGAGGCCGAGUUCCUGCUGCAGCGAAAACCAGAUCUAGUGACGCCCAAUGGUUUGAACGUGAAGAAAUUCUCCGCCAUGCACGAAUUCCAGAAUUUGCACGCAAAGAGCAAAGCCUUGAUCCAGGAAUUCAUAAGAGGUCACUUUUACGGCCACUUGGACUUCAGCCUUGACAAGACGCUGCUCUUCUUCAUCGCCGGGCGUUACGAGUUCACCAACAAAGGGGCCGACGUGUUUCUGGAGGCCUUGGCGCGGCUCAACUACCUCCUGAGGGUGAACCAGAGCGAGAUGACAGUUAUUGCCUUCUUCAUCAUGCCCGCUCGCACCAACAACUUCAACGUGGAGACCCUGAAAGGGCAGGCGGUGCGGAAACAGCUGUGGGACACAGCGAAUGCUGUGAAGGAGAAGUUUGGCAAGAAGCUGUACGAGGCGCUGCUCAUUGGGGAAACACCAAACAUUAGCAAGAUCCUGGAUAGGGACGAUCUCACCAUGAUGAAGAGAGCCCUUUACUCCACCCAGCGCCAUUCUCUGCCCCCGGUCUGCACGCACAACAUGAUUGAAGAUUCCUCGGAUCCCAUCCUGGGCACCAUCCGGAGAUUGGGUCUGUUCAACAGCCCCCACGACAGAGUUAAGGUGAUUUUCCACCCGGAGUUCCUGAGUUCCACCAGCCCACUGCUCCCCUUGGAGUACGAUGACUUUGUCCGUGGCUGCCACUUGGGAAUCUUCCCCUCUUACUACGAGCCGUGGGGCUACACACCAGCGGAGUGUACGGUGAUGGGAAUUCCCAGCGUGUCCACCAACCUCUCCGGGUUCGGCUGCUUCAUGGAGGAGCACAUUUCGGAUCCUUCGGCCUACGGGAUUUAUAUCUUGGACCGUCGCUUCAAGAGUCUGGACGAGUCCUGCAACCAGCUGACGUCGUUCCUGUACAGCUUCUGCAACCAGUCCCGGCGGCAACGCAUCAUUCAGCGGAACCGAACCGAGAGGCUCUCUGACCUGUUGGACUGGCGCUACCUGGCCAGGUUCUACACCUACUCCAGGAGAAUGGCCCUCUCCAAGGUCUUCCCUGAAGAGUUCAAAUACAAAUCCUCUGAGCUGACGAGUGAAAAGAAAUUCCGAUUUCCACUUCCUGCCUCGAUCACCCCGUCUCCGUCCAUCUCCCUCCACUCCAGCCCCCACGAUAGUGACGAACACUAUGAUGAGGACGAGGAGAUCGAGAGGGACAAGAUGAACAUCAAGAAGAUAGAGUCGUACGUCGGGGUCAUGGUGGAGUUCAAGAAGCCGGACUUCGAAGAACAGUCGCGGUCCAGCAGCAUAAGCAGCGAAGCCGGGUCUGUCGAUUCCUCAUUAUUCCAGGAGAAGGUUCCCAUCAUCGGCUUAACUGAGGCCCGACAAGCCAAGCAACAGCAGGUGGACACAAGCAUCUCGAAGGCAAGCAAGGAACCACAGCAGUCCAGCAGCUCGAGCGAGAGCGACAAGGACAAAGGCACCAAGCCCUCGGAGGCCGGCAAGCGGAGCAAAGUAGGAAAAUUCCGGGAACACAGUAAGGCCAGGGAGCCUGUCAAAACCUGGCAACCCCCCAAAUUCCCACCGCCCCCCAAAGCUCAGGAACCUCCUAAACCCCGGGAACACGGCAAAGCUGUUGGUGUCCCUACCCGAGCCCGAGCCCCAGGCCCCACCCCAGCCCCCAUUUCAGCCCGAGCCCCAGUUGCCACCGCAGCCCCCAUCCCAGCCCGAGCCCCAGUUGCCACCCCAGCCCGAGCCCCAGUUGCCACCCCAGCCCCCACCGCAGCCGCCACCCCAGCCCGAGCCCCAGCUAAGCCCCGGGAGGCCGGUGUGGGCGGUGGACCCCAAACUGAGCGCCUCCACAAUGCCAACACAACCGAAGACCUUCUGUUCAGUCACUUCAAUGCUCUCAACAGCUGGAUGGGGACCAGCGAGAACAGCGGCACCAAGAGCUGGUCACUGCUACAGAUCGGCCCUGACUUCGGCCCCAGCUCCAUGCCCUUCAGCCCCAGCACCAGCAUCCCGAGCCAGGCCAUGCGGAGCCAGGGCGCAGUGAGCCCGAGUGUGCUCAGGCCUAGUGUACCAAGCCAGAGUGUGCCAAGCCAAAGGGCGCCAGGACAAAGUGGACCAGGCCAGACCUUGCCAGGUGAGAACCCGCCAGACAAGAAAGCAGCUCAGCAGAACACUGGAUUGUUCGCUUUCUUCGACAAGAAAAAAUAG